GGUUUCGAUUAGUGCGCGGGGUUGCGGCGGCGAAGCAGGGUGCGGAGCUGCGCGCCCCGGAGCCCGGUAGCGGGGCGGAGGCGGCGGGGGCGCAGGCGCGUAGGGCCCGGCCGGCGUCCGCGGGCGGGUAGAGACGGCCCAGAGUGGGGCGCUGCGGUCACCCUGACCACGGAGCCCGGCCACCAGCGCGCCUGCAGCCGCGAGCGCGCCAGGGCAGCGCGCGGGCGGGGCGCGCAGGCCUGCCCGCCCCUUCCGCCCCCACCCCCGUCCGCCCCUUCCUCUCCCCACCCUCUUCUCCCCUCCUGCGCCCCGACGCUGGGCGCCCACCCUCCAGCGGGAGCGCGGUCCGCGGCGGCAGCCGGAGCGGGCCCGGCCGGGCCGGGGGAUGGCGCUGCUGGACCUGGCCCUGGAGGGAAUGGCCGUCUUUGGGUUCGUCCUCUUCGUGGUGCUGUGGCUGAUGCAUUUCAUGGCCAUCAUCUACGCCCGAUUACACCUCAACAAGAAGGCAACGGACAAACAGCCAUAUAGCAAGCUCCCAGGGGUGUCUCUUCUGAAACCACUGAAAGGAGUAGAUCCUAACCUAAUCAACAACUUAGAAACAUUCUUCGAAUUGGAUUAUCCCAAAUAUGAAGUACUCCUUUGUGUACAAGAUCAUGAUGACCCAGCCAUCGAUGUCUGUAAGAAGCUUCUUGGAAAAUAUCCAAAUGUUGAUGCUAGAUUGUUUAUAGGUGGCAAAAAAGUUGGCAUUAAUCCUAAAAUUAAUAAUUUAAUGCCAGGAUAUGAGGUUGCAAAGUAUGAUCUCAUAUGGAUUUGUGAUAGUGGAAUAAGAGUAAUUCCAGACACACUCACCGACAUGGUUAACCAGAUGACAGAGAAAGUAGGCCUGGUUCAUGGGCUACCCUACGUGGCGGACAGACAGGGCUUUGCUGCCACAUUAGAACAGGUAUAUUUUGGAACUUCUCAUCCAAGGUCCUAUAUUUCUGCCAAUGUAACUGGUUUCAAAUGUGUGACAGGAAUGUCAUGUUUAAUGAGAAAGGAUGUAUUAGAUCAAGCAGGAGGGCUUAUAGCUUUUGCCCAAUACAUUGCUGAAGAUUACUUCAUGGCCAAAGCAAUAGCUGACCGAGGUUGGAGGUUUGCAAUGUCCACUCAAGUUGCAAUGCAAAACUCUGGCUCAUAUUCAAUUUCUCAGUUUCAGUCCAGAAUGAUCAGGUGGACCAAAUUGCGAAUUAACAUGCUUCCUGCUACAAUAAUUUGUGAGCCAAUUUCAGAAUGCUUUGUUGCCAGUUUGAUAAUUGGGUGGGCAGCCCACCAUGUAUUCAGAUGGGACAUUAUGGUAUUUUUCAUGUGUCAUUGCCUGGCAUGGUUUAUAUUUGACUACAUUCAACUCAGGGGUGUCCAGGGUGGCACACUGUGUUUUUCAAAACUUGAUUAUGCAGUAGCCUGGUUCAUCCGUGAAUCCAUGACAAUAUACAUUUUUUUGUCGGCAUUAUGGGACCCUACUAUAAGCUGGAGAACUGGUCGCUACAGAUUGCGCUGUGGAGGCACAGCGGAGGAAAUUCUAGAUGUAUAACUACAGCUUUGUGACUGUACAUAAGAGGAAAAAAGAAAAGUAUUAUAAAUUAUGUUUAUAUAAAUGCUUUUAAAGAUCUACUUCAGUAGUUUUAUCAUGUGUAUGUUUUAGUUUCUGUUCUUUAAUUUAUUUUGCAUGGCACUUGAAUUUGUGGGGGGAAAAAAACACAUCUGUAGUCUUGGCCAAAUGGUACACUUUAUUUUGUGGAAAUAGAGAAUCAAGAGAAUUGGUUCUAGGAACCUGGGUUCAGCUUUUGUUGUUAUUGGUUUAUUUUUUUAAAUAAAUAAAUGUGUAUAUAUGAAUGCUCUGCAACAAACACUAUGACAGUAUCCUUCAGUAGAGAAAGUUUCUUAUCUGUGAGUACACUCUUGUAGAGCAUUUGUGGGAUGGCAGCAGCUUUGUUUUAGGAUUUAGAAAAGGCUGGAAGAUAAAUCACUUUCCACGUGGCUGGAAAAUAGUCCCUUUCCACGUGCAAAGUGAGUGGUAUGCGGUGAACAACCCACAUGGAGGUACUAACUGAGAAACUUUUUCAUGCUCUAUGCCUACCUCUUGUAGUUGUUGCAGAGUGAAUAUAAAUUGUAAUAAGGUACCUAGGCCUUGCAAAAACAAGUAGAAAAAACUUUAAAAAGUAAUGAUAAUAAAAGAGCUGGAGUCUAGUAUUUAUAUGAAUCUGUGAGAGGUAUUUUUUUUUUUUGGUCUCACUGCAAUGAACCAAAAGUGGGUGAGCUUGGUUUUUAAUUGUAGCCAUGUAUUGAGGGCAUCUUUUGACCAACUUUUGUUGGUUCUGUCUUGAACCAUUGUUAAUCACUGUGCUGGUGUGCCUUUCCUUCUCUGCUCCUCACCUGGCCCGCCCCAUCUUUCCCUAACUUUUCUUCUGGGGGGUGGGGGAUGUGUGUGUGGGUUGUUUUAGUGUGAAUGGAUGUUUUCAUAGUUGUGAGGAAAAAUGCAUUUCAGACACAUUUCACACAUGAGCUAUUUUCUUAUACAGUAUGUCUUACUGUUAAAAAGAAUGUAAUUUCAUGACACAGGUAUUUAAUAUCUUUUUUAAGUAAGUAAAUAUUCUAGCCAUCAGUAAAUAAAUUGCAGUAGAGUAUUAAGAGGGGGACGGGAUGAGUUUUACUCUAAAAAUUAAUCAGUAUCAAACUAAGUCUACUGUGUGUGUGUGUGUGUGUGUUUUUUUUACAUUACAGUUAGUCUAGUCUUAUUUAAAUUGGAUAUUUGUAUUCCAGUUUGUAUGACAAAUUAGACUAGAUCAGUACUAGUUGUAAAUGCAUGCAUGCUUUAUUUCCCUUUUUUCUCCAUGCAGCUAAACUUGCUUGUCAAGUUGUGCUUGACUUGUGGUGAACUGGACUUGUUUUUGUUUUCAAAGAAGAUAGGCAAAAAUGUAAGGGACAGUGCAUAAGCCUUUCUUUUUAUUUUCUUGCAGUGGAAUUUUUGCUUUUUCUUCAGAAUUGGAUGUCAUAUUGUCCAUAUGAAUGCCUGCUAUAGGGCUGACACUGGCAAUAUGGCAGCUUUAUUCUAAGUUACUACAGUUUUCAUGUCAAACAUAAUGUGUAGCAUAUUAGCAAUAAUUACAUGUUGAUAGAAAAGUGAACUCUUUUUCACUUCACUGAGCCAAUUCAUUUAUUGUCUGAUAACUAUAUGCAUAGUUUAAAUUGCAAUAUAUCUACAAAUGUGUAUUACUAUAUAUACACAUUACAAAUAAGCUUUUCUCUGGGCCAUACUGCUUCAUCCAUUUUUGGCCUUAUGAUAAAUUUGUUUGAAGGGCAUUUUCUUCAUGAACAAAGGCUUUGAUGCAUAUUCCUUGUGUGAAAUGAGUAAGACUGUUGCCUGAGGAAAGUUGCACAGUGAAAACCAGUCUGGUUGUGACCCACUACAUGUUUAUUGUUUUUUAUCACUGUUAUAUACAAGUUGAAUUUUGUUGAAUAUGUUUGUCAUUUGUUGGUUUGUUUAACGAAGUUUGGUUGAUGCCAUCCUUUGCGCUACUGAAGUGAAGUCUCGCUUAUUAGCUUUCUGCCGACUCAGUAUGGGCAAUGAAACAACUAGAAUGGCUGAACAGACUGGCUGAACAGACUUCUUUUUGUAAAUAUAAAUAAAUGACUGUUCUAUAUAUGUGUUUUAUGUGGUAGUGGAGUGUUUCCUUAAAGUGAAGCUUCACUUAAGCAGAGUGAUUCUUUGUUUAGCAAGUUUAGAGUGAUGAUAAAAUGGUAAAUAAUAUCACCAUUAAAGAAAGAACUGUAGGAGUCCCAAUUUAAUAAACCAUCUAAAAAAAAGUGUCUAGAAUAUACCACGUUUUAUUGUUUAAAAUCACUGUCUUGUUUUUUGUUCAAAAAAUAAAAAUUUGAAUACAAUCAAAACAUUAGCAAUAAAGUAUUUUUGUUUACUGUC